AAGUAUGAUAUUCCUUCAUUAGAGCCAGAAGAUGUGGAUGAGCCUCCAAGUAGAUCCAACGCAUUUAGAGUGCCAGUAGGCCAAUUCCAGCCAGGUCCCGUGGUGGUCUAUCAACAACCGGAUGUGGUGCUGGAUCUGGUGGCAGUUGUGGUGGUGGAUGCUCUCAAGGCGAAGGUUUCAACUACUAGUUGCGGUGAAGGAGGCGAAAAUGGUGGCGAAGAGGAAGAGGGGUCAUUUGAAGAUGAGGAAGGAGGUGAAACAGGAAUAAACAAAAAGGAUCCGCUGGAAGAUUUGGAUUUGGAUGAUUUAGAGAAGCUCGAAAAAGGUAAAUAUUCUUAA